ACCAGUUCUUUCUCCCCUUUCUCUAAAAUGGAAGAUAUGAGAGAUUCAAUUGCAAUGCCACAGAUUGUGAGGAUGGUUGUCAAGUUUCAUCCAUUACUAACAGUAACUAGUCUUAUCUAUCGGGUAAUACUUUUCCAGGAUUGGAUAGAAGAGGAGGUGAGCACUCAAUGGAAAGCACUCAAGGUGUAUUUCCAAUCGACAAUGAGAUCUUUGCUGGAUCCUAUUAUUGAGAAGAUGAAGAAUCUAUCAGAAGCCCUCGAAAUGCAUCUCCACAAUGAAGCGAUAAAGGGUCAACUAAAGGCCAAACUGGUUGAUGCGUUUCUGCCCUCUACAAAUACCAAAGGAAUCAAAGGCAAGAUUUGGGCUAUGCAAUCUAUUGCCAAAUAUGGUAUUGUUGUGUUGGCUGGUUUCGAACCUCGAGUAUACUACAGAGAUUGGCUGGUUACAAUAACCUGUUAUGCGCUUUGGUGGGUUCAAUUACGUACAUCCUUUCCCAAAGAUCUAUCAUCGCUAUUCAACGCAAUUGAAUUUAAAGCUCAGUGGUGGAUAGGGGCAGUAUUAGUUAACAUGCUUCCAGAUGUCAUAUCUUGGAUCAAACUAUCUAGAACAACAUAUCAUCAACAACUGCAAGGAUGAGAAUGUUAGACACUAGCUUAUAUCAUAGUAAGCACUUAGAUUCAUGGAAAUUUUUAUGGUCUUGUGUCAUUCUCUUUUCAAGUAUAUGUUUGUAUCUAGUGUCCUUAUUAAAAUCAACCAAUCAUCUAUAAUUUUUUAGUCAUUUGUGUUUUGUUCAUUUGACUUUGAUGCUGUUGGUCUUUUUCUAUAUAGAUAGUAAAAUGACACACUUUUA